GGACCUACUCCUGCUGCUCUAAUUAAAGCUGAAGUCCCAUGGUCUGCUCGGAGGGGCAAUCUUUCUGAGACGGAACGGGUCCUCAAAACUGUUAAAGGUAUACUGAACAAGCUGACACCUGAAAAAUUCGAUGUCCUGAAAGGCCAGCUGAUCGAUUCUGGAAUCACGUCAGUUGAUAUUUUAAAGGGAGUCAUUUCACUCAUAUUUGACAAAGCCGUAUUUGAGCCAACCUUUUGUACCAUGUAUGCCCAACUCUGUUCUGAUCUCAAUGAAAAUCUCCCCCCAUUCCCACCCGAAGUACCUGGUGGGAAAGAAAUCACUUUCAAAAGGAUACUACUUGACAAUUGUCAAGAAGCUUUUGAGGGUGCUGAUAAUCUCAGGGCUGAGAUUAGAAAGCUGACCGGUCCCGACCAAGAAAUGGAACGGAGGGAUAAAGAGAGGAUGGUGAAGCUUCGCACUCUUGGUAACAUCCGUCUAAUUGGUGAGCUUUUAAAGCAGAAAAUGGUCCCGGAGAAAUUAGUUCAUCAUAUUGUUCAGGUGCUAUUAGGACUUGAUGUUAAAGUCUGCCCUGCUGAAGAAAAUGUUGAAGCAAUUUGUCAAUUCUUCAAUACCAUUGGAAAGCUGUUGGAUGAGAGUCCAAAGUCUCGCCGUGUCAACGAUGUCUAUUUUAACCGGUUGAAGGAACUGACAAACAAUCCCCAGCUUGCACCUCGUCUAAGGUUUAUGGUCCGCGAUCUCAUUGACCUCCGUGCGAACAAUUGGAUCCCUCGGCGUGAAGAGGUGAAGGCAAAGACAAUCUCCGAAAUACAUAAUGAAGCAGAGAAGAAUCUUGGGCUACGCCCUGGAACAACUGCAAACCUGAGGGCAAAUCGCAAUGCUAGUUCUUUAGGAGGCGUCAGCCCUGUUGGAUUUCCGAUGAACCGGGUCGGGGGUGGAGGCAUGAUGCCUGGUAUGCCUGGCAUGCCAGCUAUUCCCGGAAGCAGAAAGAUGCCCGGGAUGCCUGGUUUAGAUGGGGACAAUUGGGAAGUUCCACGAAGCAAAUCUAUGUCUCGUGUUCAACCUCCUUUAAUAAACAGGCCGUCGGCCGUAAACCCCAAAUUACUCCCCCAGGGCAGCGGCAGUGUGAUCUCCGGUAAGACUAGCGCUUUACUGCAGGGGGCCGCUUCCCCAGUUCGAUCUUCCUCUUUUGUUUCGGGUGCGGCGACCCCUCCAUCCAAUAACUCUGCACCCGUCAAGCCACCCUCUCAAUCACCGGCUGCAACCCCCGAGAAAACCCAAACCCUACCGAGGUCGAUCAAGAACCAAGAAGAGCUACAGAGGAAGACGGUCGCGCUUCUCGAGGAGUACUUCCACAUUCGCAUGCUGGAUGAAGCACUUCAGUGCGUUGAAGAGUUGAAGAGCCCGGAAUACCAUCCAGAAGUAGUGAAGGAGGCUAUCAAUCUCGCAUUAGACAAAGGUUCAUCCUGCAUAGACCUGGUGACCAAACUUCUGGAGUACUUGUCGGAUAAGAAAGUUCUUACACCGAAGGAUUUGGGAACAGGCUGUUUGCUCUACGGGUCGAUGCUGGACGAUAUCGGAAUCGAUUUGCCCAAAGCACCGGCUUAUUUUGGUGAAGUGGUUGGCAAACUAAUUCUCGCAGGCGGCGUUAAUUUCAAGGUGUUGGAGGAAAUACUGAAGAAGAUAGAAGACUCGAUGUUUAAGACCGCGGUAUUUGAUUCCGUGAUGAAAACAGUCAAAGCGAGCACGAAAGACGAGGCCAUAUUAAGCGAUCAGAUAGCGGAAGUCGAGGCCUGCGAGAGGUUGCUCUCUGAAUAAGACCCGAUCAACAUCGCUGGUAUUAGUUUACUUUUCUCUGUCGCUGCUCUGAUGAACAGAAACUACCAUUCUUCCAUUCCUAUGUUUCCCCUUUUUAAUGCUUGUUAUGUUUCGGUUUUGUCCCAUGAGGUUAGUAUUUUACUGCUUUGAGUUAAUUAUGUGAGAAGAACUGAUGUUAAGAGUUGUAUAUUUCUGCGAGGUAACAGUGUACGUUUAUUAUUCGUUCAAGAUUAAAGAAAAAAAAAAAGGCCAUGGUAUUGGUAUCAAGCCUAGGCUAAUUUUGGUCGCGAUUUUCGG